AUGAAUAAAGAUGAUGAAGAUACUGAAGAGUUCACAAUAAGACCCAAAGUAAUCCUACCCAAAACCUCGAAAAUUUCAUUUAAAAAGUCAAUUAAGUCAACCAAUGGUAAUAAUUCGAGCAAGUCAAGAAGGUCAAAUCUAACAUUUAGACAAGACGAUGAUGAAAUAGGUCAAGAUGAUGAUGAUUUAGAGAUCAAUUUGAAUAUCAAUAAUACAAAAAAGACUAGUAAACCACUACUAUCAUCUAAUUUAUCAUUCCAAAAUUUAAAAAGAGAUACAAUUAAUAAUCAAAGAAGGAUAAACCUUUCAAAAUAUAAGUCAUUGUCAGCAACACCAGAAUUACAAAAGGAAUCGAUUUUACCAAGUCCUGAAUCAUCUAACAACAAAGUCACAAAUAUAGAUGAUAUACAAAUUGAUGAAAAUUUUCAAGAAUUUGAAUUUGAUGAAGAAGAUCCAGAUAAUAAUCCAAUAAUAGCAAAUAUUCAAGAUAUAGAUCCAUCAAUACGACAAAAAUACCUACAACAACAACAACUCAAAUCAACACCACAAUUAACUCAGAUAAAAAAUUACGUACCAAUAGAAACCAACAAAGAACCACAAGAAAACUUAUCGAAAAGACAACUACUAAAACAAUUAGCUACAGAAUACAAAGAUUCAAAUUAUGAUGAUGGAUCAGGAGAAUUUGAAAAACAUCAACAACAAGAACAGCUAAACGUUUCCACUAUAAAAGAAGAAUCAUUAGGAAUGCAUGAUUUUGAAUUAAGUGAUUCAGAUAUGGGUACUUUAAAACCAACUAUAGAUUUUACCAAGAAAUAUAAUAUGGAAAUUUCAGAAUCUGAACAAGAAGAAGAUGAAGAUAAUGAGUACCUUAAAGAAGUUAAGAUAUUAAGUAUUGAUGAACAAAUUGAUAGAAUUACUUUAUUAAUAAAAGAUGCUAAGAUUGAGAAUGAUUUGAAAAUUAUUAAAACGAAGGAGAUUACAAAGGAACUUGAGAGGGUUAAAGAUGCUAAGGAAAUGGUUUUACAAAGGUUGAAUAAUUUAGUAUAG